UCAAAGAAUGGCUGCACCAACGCCACGCCCCUCUGCCAACCGAGGCCUCCGCGCGGCCGCCACCGUAGAGCCACGCCGCUGCGUGGUACGCGAUGGCAGCCCCAGUGCUGUCCUCGCAGAGCACCAUGCUCGAGGGGUCGCAUCCUGGCGCACGGGCUCGCGCAUCGGGUGCGGAAUGGGGUCGGGGUUGGGAUGGGCCGCGAUCAUGUCAGCGAUGGUGCAGAGGAUCCAGGGAUCGUCGGCGGCGGCGGCGGCGGCGGCGGGGGCUAGGUGGGAGUCGUUGAGGAGGGCGGCCCAUGCGGGCACAACGAUUGCGGCUCCUCCUUCUUCGUCGCGAUCGCCCGCCGCAUCUCCUCCCUCGCUGGCGACGACGAUGACCACUCCGGCAAGUAGAAGAGGAAGAGGAAGAGAAAGAGAGGAUCUCAAUCCUAAUACUGUUCUUAGCAAAGUCCUCUCUCUCUCUCUCUCUCUCUCUCUCGUCUUCCUUUUACCGCGAUCGCAGGGAUCUCCUCUUCUCCUCCUCCUCCACCACCACCACUGCCGACGCCGCGACCUCCUCCUCUUCCUCUACACGGUGAUGGACGGCGGCGGCGGCGGCGGCGGCGGAGGGCCGGCGCCGUUCCUGAUAAAGACGUACGAGAUGGUGGACGACGCGGCCACGGACGACAUCGUGUCGUGGAGCCCCACGGAGACGAGCUUCGUGGUGUGGAACCCCCCCGAAUUCGCCGCGCGCCUCCUCCCCACCUACUUCAAGCACAACAACUUCUCCAGCUUCAUACGACAGCUCAACACCUACGGUUUCCAUAAGAUCGAUCCGGAGCGGUGGGAAUUCGCCAAUGACUAUUUCAUCAAGGGGCAGAAGCACCAGCUCAAGAACAUCCACCGGCGCAAGCCGAUCCACAGCCAUAGUCACCCGCCGGGCUCGUUAGCCGAUUCGGAGAGAGCCGCCCUGGAAGAGGAGAUCGAACGGCUCACGAGGGAGAAGGCGAGCCUUCACAACGAUCUAUGGCGGUUCAAGCAGCAGCAGUCGGGGGCCAAGAUCCAGAUCGAAGAUCUCGACCGCCGGCUGCUUGAUAUGGAGCAGCGCCAGCUCAAACUGAUUGCUUUUGUUCAGAGGGCCAUGAGAAACCCUAAAUUUAGGGAUAACCUCAUCAAGAUGGCGGGCGCCUCUUUGUUAGCGGAUUCUGUGGAUGCUAUUCAUAAGAAGAGGAGGUUGCCAGGCGUUGAGGUCACGGAAAAUAGUAGUUUCUACGAUGAUCAUAGUAGCACUUCCAAACCUGAUGCAAAUAACCUAUUUCAACAGGACUUUUGUGAUAAGCUUCAGUUGGGGCUAUGCUCAGCUAUGACGGUUGCUAGUACUCAGUGCUCGGAUGACGACAAUGUGAGUAAGAAUCCAGAAUGCGGGAGAGCUGUGGAGUGCCUUUCUGAUACUGGCGCAUCUUUCUGUUCAUCUAAGAAUGUCUUAGUGCCAAGGCAAAUUGAUGAAGGGCUCUUUCCUUGCCACUUGAAUCUCACUCUCGCAUCAUCUUCGAUGCAAAUUGAUAGGAAUCAGUAUUCCAAUAGAACUCAGAGCACAGAAGAGCAGGAGCCUGGAAAUUCGACCGAAUUGAAUUUGGCAAGCACGAGUCGGGACGAUGGUCUAAGGAAACUUGUUGGAAAUAGCUCAAGUACUGGUGGGGAUUCUCAUGCAAAUGUUACUUCUUUGAAAGAGGGUGCACCGGUUAGUAACGAAUUACCCGCUGCUCAGCCGGCAAGAGUGAACGAUGUUUUCUGGGAGCAGUUCCUAACUGAAAGGCCGGGUUCUUCAGACACCGAAGAAGCCAGCUCUAGCUUGCGGGCUAAUCCUUCGGGCGAGCAUCAAGAAGAUCGGAAGCAGGGUAGUGAAGAUAUGAAGUAAAUAUGAUACUAUACGGAGCGAAACGGCAUCUGAGUUUCUCAUACAUUGGAUUUGGCACAGUCAGUUUCACGUAAGCUCUUAGAACAAAAAACCGUAUGUCCUUUUUGAAUGUGUUAUAAUGCUCCAUUUAAUAUGUGUAAACAUGGUGUAGUGUUAUAGUCAUUGUACAUAAACUUAACAGCACUGAGAUGCUAUGUAGAAGAUGCUUCAGUUCAUGUUUAUCAAACUAAAAGGUGUAUAAGAAACAAUAAUUGUUAGCCAUUCUUUACUGUGCAGAUGAUGAUAAAGCAUAUGUUGCUCAUGUUUUACAACUAUCAGCUAAAUCAAGUCACCAAAAUACUGCAGAAUAAAAUGGUGCUCAUUGAACCUGA